AUGUCCAAUGGCGCCUCCUCCGCCAACACGUCAGUUAAGAGUUCCAAAAAGGCGCACCCGACCUUCCACUUCUUCGCUGGCCUGCUCUCAGGCGUCUCGAGCGCCGUGCUCCUUCAACCUGCCGACCUCCUGAAAACCCGUGUGCAGCAAUCCCGGGCCUCGUCACUCGUCCCCGUUCUCCGCUCCCUCCUCUCCGGCCCACACCCGAUCACUAGUCUCUGGCGCGGCACUCUCCCUUCGGCCCUGCGCACCGGCUUCGGGUCCGCGCUAUACUUCACAUCGCUGAGCUCGCUGAGACAGAUCGUCGCCAAUAACACUGCAAAAUUCUCUUCUACAGAUCAUGGGGCAAUAGCAAAUAAGAGCAGCUCUGUCCUGCCUAAGCUGUCCAAUAUGCAAAACUUGAUCACCGGCGCCACGGCACGGGUCUUCGCAGGCUUCAUCCUCAUGCCCGUGACCGUUAUAAAGGUACGGUACGAAUCGGAUCUGUACGCGUACAAGUCGCUCGCGUCGGCGUCUCGAUCUAUCUACGCACAAGAAGGACUCCGGGGAUUCUUCUCAGGGUUUGGCGCUACGGCAGUCCGCGACGCGCCUUAUGCGGGCCUCUACGUCGUCUUCUAUGAAGCGAGUAAGAGCCGUUUAAACAGGGCCUUCUCAGCCACGGCCUCUUCCUCAAAGGCCACUGCGGGCGGCGGUGGCAAGGGUCCUUCCUCGGCAACGUCCGCCACAAUCAAUGCCUCCAGCGGCGUGAUAGCCGCAGGAUUAGCGACGAGUAUCACGAACCCAUUCGAUGCAGUGAAGACACGUCUGCAGCUGAUGCCAGCCAAGUAUGGCAAUAUGCUGAAAGCGACGCGAUUGAUGCUCAAAGAGGACGGGGUGAAGAGCUUCUUCGACGGACUUGGGCUCAGGAUGGGUCGAAAGGCGCUGAGUUCCGCGCUUGCCUGGACUGUGUACGAGGAACUCAUUGGUCAGGCGGAGAGGUUCGUCGCGAGGCAUGAUGAGGGUAGGGCUGUGGUUUGA